AUGGGUAAAGAAAGUGGUGUAGGGCAAGGUUCAAGUGGUGUGCAAGGUUCAAGUGUUGUGCAAUGUCUAAGAAGUAUAGGGCAGUCAAGUGUAGGAAUAGGUUCAAGUGGAGUAGUUGCAGGUUCAAGUGAUGUAGGAGCAGGUUCAAGUGGUUUAGGAGUAAGCUCAAGUGGUGUAGACAAUGAAGGGCAAGGGUUGCAAGGUGUUGACCUUCUAGAUUAUCUUCAGUCAUAUGGUGGUGGUGAGGGCAUUGAGGUUGACCAUGAAGAUGAAGAUCGGACAUCUAGCAGUGAGGAUGAUGACUACAAUCCUAUACCGAAGGAUGAUGACUAUGAUCAGUACGGGGUAGAUGAUGAUGAUUGGUUGGAUGAUGUCGAGCAUGAAGAAGCUUCACACAAAAAAGGAGAGAGUGAGGGUACUGUUGGAACCACACAUGAGGAACCAGAUUUUGAAGAUAAUGAAGACAUGUUUGCUGAACAAGAGUCUGAUGAGGAACCACCUAAUUACAUUGUCAACUUUGAUGGAGAAAAGGAGGAGAUAGGGUUGUACUUUAACCCUAAAACUGAUAUGAGAAGGCCUGUUUUCAAGUUGGGGAUGAUGUUUGGCACAGUUCAGAUUUUGAGAGAUGCUCUUAGGGAGAUGGCUCAUGAGCAUACUUUGAUAGUCAAGGGUUACAAUCCAAAACACACUUGCACAAGGAAGUAUAACAACAACAUGGUGAAACAAAGAUUCUUAGUAGCAAAGUUCAAGGACCAGAUUGCUGUCAAUGAACAUUGGAAACCAGAUUCACUAGCUAAGGCAAUGAAUGCCAGUAUUAGAGCGAGGGUUUCUAGCCAAAUGACUUAUAAGGUCAAGAGGGCAGCUUUGCUGGAAGUUGACGGCUCUAUAAAGUUUCAGUUUGCAUGGUUGAGAGACUAUGGAAAUGAGCUGAAGAGGGCUGAUCCAGAUACUACAGUGGAUAUUAAGUGUGAUUUCAGCAGCACUUCCAAGAAUCCAGUCUUCAAGAGAAUGUACAUUUGCUUGGGAGCCCUCAAGAAUGGAAUCAAGGCUGGAUGUAGAAGUGUGAUUGGCUUGGAUGGUGCACACUUGAAAAGUGCUUUUGGGGGGCAGCUUUUGACAGCAGUGGGUUUAGAUGCCAAUAACACAAGCUGGGUUGUUGCAUAUGCAAUGGUUGAGAUGGGGAAUAAGGACUCAUGGAUCUGGUUUCUGGAACUAUUAUGCAAGGACUUGAAGAUCAAGGAGGAUGGAGCUGGAUGA